AUGAGGCUCAAUUCUCUAUGCCUCUCGAGUCUUCUCGCUGCCAAUGCUUUAGCUUCAUCUUUCGCUCACACACCCUCCAAGCCGAAGCAUCGCUCGGCGCUGACUAGCCCCGAGCGCCGUAGCACAUUGGCGAAGAGAGACGCGUCACUGCUCUGCUCUACUGCAGCGCCUAUCAAGCCUAAGAUUGUGAUCAUCAGCAUGAUCUGGUACGAGGACACCUCUCUCAACCUUUACGCAAACAACGUGACCGUGCCUGGGUUUUCUUCUCUCUUUCCUGACGCACAUUGCACGGCGUCUGGUGAAGUAUGUCAAAUGACCACUGGUGAGGGCGAGAUCAACGCCGCCGCUUCAAUUCUCGCGCUCUGGCUGUCAAAGUGCUUUGACUUGACCUCCACUUACUUCAUGAUUGCUGGCAUUUCUGGCGGUAAUCCCCAUCACGUCACUACCGGUUCCGUUACUUUCGCCAAAUACGCCGUGCAAGUGGGUCUGCAAGAGGAGUUCGACCAUUCUCAAACUCCCGACAACGCUACAUCCGGGUACUAUCCACAGAACGCCGACUACCCUGAUGAGGCCAGUUCGGAAGAUUAUCCCGGCUCACUCUACGGUACCGAGGUUUACGAAGUCAACGAGAACCUCCGCGAUCGGGCUUACUACCUUGCAUCCUUGGCCAAGCUCAAUGAUACCGACGCUGCAGCUAAAUACCGGGCUAACUACCAAUUUGCCCCUGCCAACCAGCCCCCCCGUGUCGUCAAGUGCGAUAGCGCUACAUCUGACCAAUACUGGUCCGGAUCUGUCCUCGGUGACGCGUUCGGCAACUACACCGAGCUACUUACCAACGGCUCUGGAAUCUACUGCGGUACUCAGCAAGAGGACAAUGCAACUCUCGAGUCCUUGCUCCGUGGCGCUGUCCUAGGGAUGCUUGACUACAGCCGUGUCAUCAUUAUGAGAACUAUUAGCGAUUUUGAUCGUGCACCCCCCGGCGAGACUGAGGUCUACCAUCUGCUUUACGCUGCCCAAGAAGGCUUCACACCAAGCAUCCACAACAUAUACGUUGCGGGAAUCGAGAUUGUCAAGGACGUAAUGAAGUAUUGGAACGGAAUAUAUGACAGAGGCCUGACACCUGGCAAUUACAUUGGUGAUGUAUUCAACAGCUUGCCAGGUCCUUUUUCGCCAGAUAUCGGCACUGCAGCAUCAUACAUCAAUUGA